CUAAAGAGAAAGAGAAGGAGGCUGUGAACAGGAGACCUCAACUACCAAAACAGUAGGAUCGUUGUCUCACUAUUCUGCCUCAGCCAUGGUUACAGUGGAUACCAGUUCUCUCACCGUGCCUGUUGGCAUCCUUCGGAUAGUGGAGGUGGUGCUGUCCUGCGUUACGUUUAGCCUGGUGGCAUCUGCUGGACACGUCAACAGCUCCUACUGGGCCUGGUGCAUGUUCACAUGGUGUUUCUGUUGUUUUGUGACCCUCAUUAUCAUCAUUCUGGAGCUCACCAGCCUCAGCGCUAGAGCACCCAUCUCCUGGAAUGACUUCACCACUGCUUUCGCUAUGUUGGCCACUCUGAUGGUGCUGUCCGCCUCUGUGAUCUACUCUGUCUUCAUCUCCCGCUCUGCCAGUGGCAAAAACAUCGCCGCUGCUGUCAUUUCCUUCCUGUGUUUCCUGGCGUACGCCGUGGAGGUCAGUUGGACCCGUGCCAGACCUGGAGAGAUCAGUGGUUUCCUGGCCACCGUACCAGGUCUGCUGAAGGUUGUGGAAACUUUCGUCGCCUGCAUCAUCUUCAUCUCCCUCGGCUCAAUAGGUCAUGGCGCUUAUUCCUCUUAUCCUGGGCUGCAGUGGUGUGUGGCUGUCUACUCCAUAUGCUUUAUCUUUGCCUUAAUCAUCAUCAUCUUAACCAUAGGCCGGAUGCUGCCGCUUCUUCCAUUCCCCUUUGACAAGGUUCUCACAGGCUACAAUGUUCUGGCUGUACUGAUGUACAUGACAGCAGUGGUUAUAUGGCCGCUCUACAGUUAUGAAAACAAUGCCAAAAGGUCCAAUGACUGGGCAGUGGUGACCGCAAUGACCUGUGUGAACCUCAUAGCCUACAUCGUGGAUACGAUUUACUCUGUCCGUUUGGUCUUUUUUAUCACCCCAGCUUAA